AUGGGCGCCAGCCAACGUAGCAAAGCUGAAGAAGCGCAUCGCGCGGCAAAAACGGCGGUAUCUGGUCCAGCUAAGGCUACGGAUGAAGCGUUGUGGUCCCCGCGCUGCUUGGAGGCCCACGAGAAGGAGCACCGACUCUAA